GAUUUUCUAGAUAAUCAAUGAAAAACCAAUUUUCGUAAGAGUGUAAUGGAUUGAUGUUUGAAAACGUUAAUUAUAAAUACAGUGAAAAUUCACUGUACCUAAGGAUGCGUUUUUUGAUAGGUACAGUGAAAAUCUAUUUUUAGAAUAUUUUUAAAAUUUACUUUCAUUUUCCAAAAUGCGCAUGCUUUAAAACAACGAGUAUAUUUUCGAAGAGAGUUCUUGAACAAAAUUUAGUAGUUAGAAGAUUUUCAAUAAGAUUCUUAAAGAUUAAAAAAUGGAGGACAUUUUCAUGAAGAAUUUUAGAGAUUUUGAUGAAGCAGAAAAGUCUGUUAUUGAAUAUUGUAGAAUGAAUUUUCACCCCGUCAAAAUCGACUCAAAAGAAAAAGUUGAACAUUAUAAUAAAAAAGUAAAGGAAGGUUCCCAGAUAUGUUGUAUUCCUCUUAACGCUAUAUAUGGUUGUAGGUGGAUAUGCAAACAUUAUGGAGAAGUAAUGCCCAGUGUCUUAAAGAGAGGCAAAGGGUUACGAGAAAAUAGCGUGCUAGCAAGUGGUUGUAAGAUGGCUAUUUAUGUAGCCUAUAAAAAAGAAAUAAGGAGUUAUUAUAUUAAGAAAAAAAAUUUAGUUCAUAAUCAUCCACAUGGGCCUGAGCAGUUCGGUAUGUAUAGUUCAAAACGUCAACCAAAAGGUGUUCUCGAGCAGCAGACAAUGCUUCUGCUAUCUCAUGGUGCUAAUCCUACACUUAUAACAGACAAUUUAAACAGGCAUGGUUUAAAGACUAGACCUCGUGAUAUAUAUAACAUAAAGCAAAGAAUGAAAUUUAAAGGUUUUUGUUAUGGUUGAAACUUCAAUUUUAAAUUGUAUGACUUUUCUAAAAGGUUAAUUAUCUUUUCUAAAAGGUUAUUUUUUUCCCUAUAAAAUAAACAGGUCCUGCACUCGAUGAAAUUAUAAAGGUUCUUGAAUUACCAAACGUCAUAUCCCAUAUUGAUGCCAAUCUUGAUAGAAAAGUAGAGUGUAUAACGUGGACAACUACUGAACAAAUAAAUUUGUUGAAAAAGUAUCCUGAGUGUAUCAUGCUUGAUGGUACCUAUAAGAUUAACAACUUUUCUAUGCCAUUAUACACAAUGGCUGUUGUGGAUCAAAAUGGCAUGGGCCGACCUGUAGUGCAGUCUUUAGUUUAUCGUGAGGACCAGUCACAUCUACAGCUGCUAAUGACACAUGCUAAGGAAUGGGCUGUGAUUGAAACUUUUCAAAAGUCGAUGUUCAUGGUUGAUAAAGCUCAAGCAGAAAUAUCUGGACUACAGUCUGUUUUUCCAGGAAAUAAAAUAUUUCUCUGUCGCUUUCAUGUAGCUAAAGCUUUUAUUUAUCAAAUUAAAAAGGGUAGACUUACUGCUGACGAUCAGGAAUUAUUAUUCAAGGCUACUCAGAAAUUAAUGUACGGUAAUCAGGCAACAUGCGCUGAAGCUUUGUUAAAUAUUGAAAAAAAUUUCCCUACGUUCUAUGUGUAUCUUCAAGAAAACUGGCUGACCAUACCAGAAAUGUUAAUGGGUCACUAUAGAAAAGGUCUGAUGCAUUUAGACAAUCAUACUCAUAACAGACUUGAAAGAUAUCAUAGAACACUUAAAGAUGUUGGCCUUUUGUCACGCAUGUCACCGGGAAAUCUUAUAGAUAAAAUUCUUAAGGUUAAUAGAGUACAAAUAGAAAAAUCUAAACAUGCAGACUUUGACCAACAACUAAAAAUUAACAAUAAACUUCCAGAGCUACUAAAGUUUUAUUCAUGUCAUGUUUCUUCCUUUAUUCUUCGUCAUCUCAUGGAACAAUAUGAUAAAAGUGUCAAGUCUGAUUUUAGUUUAUAUGAGGACAGAGAUUCAUUACAAAUAAUCGAUCGGCAAUCAACUUUUUAUAACAUAAUAGACUAGGUUUGCAUCUGUGAUGCUGCAUCAGGGUUUGGCGUGCCGUGUGCACAUGUUUUUUUUGCUCUAAGAACGAAGAAUAUAACUGUUAAUGAUCUACAGUUGAUUCAUAAAAGGUAACCUUGGGUUUUCUACUAAUUAAUAAUAAUAAAGGUUCGUAAUAUUAUAUAACUUCAUGACCUUAUUUAAAUUUCAAUCCACUUAUGUUAUAGAUUGCUAAAUUAAAAUUUAUUUGAAUAAUAAUCAAUUUACAAUUUAGUAGUCAAAACAUGUAUUGUAAUGUUGCACGCAAUUUAUUACUUAUUAAAUGUUCUGAGUCAUUGUUUAUUCUAGAAAAAGUUACUUUAAAAAGUUACCAUGCCAUUCAGGUAAUCUAAAAAGCAAAACAAAUGAUGUAUCGAUGAUCCCCUAUUUGCAUUUUUUAAUGCUAAAUUGAUUGUCUGUUAUAGUUCAAUAAAUGAAAUAAUUACUUUUAUUUAAUUGGCUAGAAGAAUUCUUUUUUGUGUACACUGAAAUAAAAAUUUUAAAUACAUUUUUUAACCUACUUUACACUAGGAUAACAGAAAUUAUUUACAUUGACAUAAAUUUAUUUAGGUUGAUUUCAUGCAAUACUGUAGCAAACCAGGUAAGUUUUGACCAAGCGCCAUCACAUAUUACCUCAAAUAUAGAAUUAUUACAUCUCUGUUGUGCCACUCCCAAACAAAGAUUUACAACAGCAAUGAGUUACCUUCAACCAAUAGCCUCUUUGCUCGCUGAAAUGCCACCCAAAAAAUUUGAACUUGCAAUAACCUGGUUAGAAUCUAUUAAUCAACAAUGCAUUUCUGGUGAAUGGGAACUGAUGGUAUGUCAAUGGAUUUUAGAUGCUUUCAGUUUUCAAAUCAUUAAAGAACUGCAUUAGAAAAAUGUUUUGUUUAUUUUAGUUUCAAAGUGAUCCUUGUCUAGAAGUUUUUACACCUGCAGAAGAUCACAGUGAUCCUUGUCUAGGAGGUUUUACAUCUACAGUAGAUCAAAGUGAUCCUUGUCUAGAAAGUUUUACAUCUACAGAAGAUCUAUCAUCAAAAGAAAUUUUAGAAGUUAAAUCACCUUCAAGUGCAGAUCCUAUGAUUACCCCACUUGAAUGCAUAAAUAAAGAAAUAUGUGAAGUAGUCUCUCAAGAGCCACAUAUAAAUUUAGUUUUAAGGCAACCCCAGCGGAAGCCACCUGGUCGUGUAGGUAAAAACAAACAGAGACUUUUUGACAAAGCUAUAAAAGCGUUUGAAAAAUUAGGUAGUUUUGAAAAAGAUCAUAUCCGUCUCUGUUGGUUUGUAGAAAGAACAGUUGCCCUGCAGGUUUUACACGAGAGUGCUAAAAUUACCACCUGCCAGUUUUUAAAGCAGUUAUCGAAUAAGAUUGCUGAUCCUAGAGCAAGUCUUGAUGACAUUAAGCAAUAUUUUGUAGAGGAUGCAUGGGCUGAAGUCAUCAAACGGUGUGAAGAUGUGAGAAUUGAAAAAUGGCCGUGUCAAGUAUGCGGGCAGUCUAAGGCAGCUGGAAAAAACCAAAAAUGGCUUCAGUGUGAUCAUUGUUUAGACUGGUCGCAUUAUGUUUGUCUACAAAUAUCUUGCAAACCUAAAUGAUAUUGGUUCUGUGCUCAAUGUAAAGUAAGGAAAUAGUGGAAUUUAGGUUCAUAUCCUAAUAUAAAAUAUUUUUAAAGGUUUUUAAUAUCUAUUUAUUUAGCGACAUAAAUAAAUAUUAAAAUGUUUAUUAUUUAUUAUUUAUAGAAACGGUUAGUAUAUUAUAAUAUUUAUAAAGAGCAUACUCCAUAU